UCCAAAGCGGAAGUGACAAGCCGGUCCAAGAUGGUGGUUACCAGAAGAGGAGUACGCGUGUCUUCUCCAAAUCAAACAAAUCUUGAGCAAGCCUCCCACAUCCAGGCGACUCCAUCAACAGGGAGAAGAACCAGGAGUGGGGCGUCACAAGCGGCAAACUCAGUGAAAACCAGCAGCCGCCUUAGAGAAGACAGCAGCGACUCUCCGACGUCCUCAUUGAAAAGAUGCUCCCGAGCCUUCAGACUCCACAGCCCCGAGCAGCCUUGCACCCCCGUGAGCUCAGUCCACGAAGCAGAUGUGUCCGACCUGGACUCGUGCUCCUCUGUCACAUUCAAUGCGGACCAGCCAGUGACGCACAACAGGGCGGCCUGCGAAACCAGUCAAGAAGAAUCCGAGCUGGGGUCCUGCGCACCAAAGAAUGUCCGAAGUACGAGAAGGAGCGGUCCAAGCAAGAGGAUGGAAUCCCUUAGCUCUGUUGUGUCCCACAGUGAAACUCCGGCUAGGGGCAGCAGAAGGAGCAAAAGGCUUUCCAUCACCUUGAAUUUUGCAGAAGAUGAAUUGUCCGAUGCGGACUCUUGCUGUUCUUUACCGACUGUGGAGAAAACGGUCAGAAGCAAGAGAAGUAGGGCAGCACACAACGUGGAUCCAGUCAAGACCGGAGAUAAAGAAGCGGAAUCCUCCUCUUCACUGCUGACCGAGUCGCAAAGAGUCACCCGAAGUCAAAAGAGAAGCACCAGAUCUUCUGCCAAAGCGAAAGAGUUCGACCUCUCUGAUGCGAGCAGCUUCACUUCCGAAGCCUCUCCAGCUUCUCAAUCCACGAUUCGCAGGAGUGCAAGAACAAGAAAGGUGGGUCCCAUUCCCCUGAACUUAGACGAAACCUCCACAAGCUCGUCGACUCCGAGCCGGAGAACAACUAGACGGACUGCCGCCGAGAAGUCUUGCGACUCGGAGGGCUUUGAAUCUGGCUCUGAUUACACCAUCAAUGCUAAGCGUCAGGCGAAGACCCCCUCCUCUAGUUCCAAGAACGCAGAGUCGGAUUCCGAGCAGACAGACGGUCAUUCUACUCUGGUUAGGGCCGGCUCGGUGAGCUCUCAGCAGCAUGUGCCGAUGAAGGGUCUGUGGGUUGUCUUGGAGACCUCCCCAGAGGGAAACGUACUGCAUGACUCUAUGCUGGAGACCACAGUGGUCGCCGAAGACGCGGACUGUACGUUGCUGGAAGAAGAGAAGCAAGUCAGCGUGCCGUCGACCGAAGCAGCAGUGAACCAAGUCAAACUGGCAGAUCCGAAUGAACAGGAGGUUCUUGUGGAGGCCGCAGUGGUGGCUCCAGAUCAGCAGCACGAGCGGUCCGCUGAAAAGCAGGAUGAAGACGACUCGGCGGUGGAUAAGAUGGAAGAGGAAACGGGGUCUUCACCCUCGGGAGCAAGAUGCGAGGAUGUCGGAGGAGACGAUGAAAAGGACGAUGACGUGCGCACAGAGAUGUCUGGUGAUGACCGGGUUUUGUGCGGGAGUGUGUCGACAACUCAGGAACAAGAGGACGACAUGGAGGUAGAGCAGGUGACGUGUCAGGAGGUAGUCAUGGAGAUCAGCACGGAAGAUAAAGAUGUUUGUGAGGGGAAGCCGGAAGAGGCUGUGGUGUCGGUCGAUGAGCGAGUGACACCUGACGAACCUCAACUUGAGGACGCAAAAGCCACUGAGAAAACAUCAACAAGCCAUCCUGUUGCGAGCAGAGAUGAUGAAGAGAUGGAAUUAGAAGAAGAGGACAUGGGGGAGACACAAGGCCACUCCGGGAAGCCAGAGGAGAUUGCGGCAACCGUCGUUGAGGAGACGACGUUUAAGAAAUCACCGCUCAAAGACAUGAAAGCUUCCAAGAAAACCAAGACAAUCAGUCUCUUGGAGAGCGGUGAGAACAAGGAGGACGAGGACAUCUUCGACCACCAAGUCGAGGACACAGAAGAGCAACAGGGCCCUUCCAGGAGGCCCAAAAAGGAGACGGCGUUUACAAAAUCACCGCUCAAGGACAUGAAAGCUUCCCAGAAAACAAAGAAAAUCAGUCUCUUGGAGAGCGGUGAGAACAAGGACGACGAGGACAUCUUCGACCAGCAAUUCGAGGACACAGAAGAGCAACAAGGCCCUUCCAGGAAGUCCGAAAAGGAGACGACGGCUAAGAAAUCACCACUCAAGGACAUGAAAGCUUCUCAGAAAAUGAAGAAAAUCAGUCUCUUUGAGACCGAGGACAUCUCCGACCAGAAAGUCGAGGACACAAAAGAGCAACAAGGCCCUUCCAGGAAGUCCGAAAAGGAGACGACGACGACCGUCGUUGAGGAAACGACGUUUAAGAAAUCACCGCUCAAGGACCUGAAGCCUUCCAAGAAAACCAAGACAAUCAGUCUCUUGGAGAGCAGUGAAGACAAGGAGGACGAAGACAUCUCCGACCACCAAGUAGAGGACACAGAAGAGCAACAAGGCCCUUCUAGGAAGCUUGAAAAGGAGACGACGGCUAAGAAAUCACCACUCAAGGACAUGAAAGCUUCUCAGAAAACGAAGAAAAUCAGUCUCUUGGAGACCGAGGACAUCUCCGACCACAAAGUCGAGGACACAGAAGAGCAACAAGGCCCUUCCAGGAAGCCAGAAAAGGAGAUGACGGCGACCGUUGUUGAGGAGACGACGUUUAAGAAAUCACCGCUCAAGGACAGGAAAGCCUCCAAGAAAACCAAGACAAUCAGUCUAUUGGAGAGCAGUGAGGACAAGGAGGACGAAGACAUCUCCGACCACCAAGUAGAGGACACAGAAGAGCAACAAGGGCCUUCCAGGAAGCCCGAAAAGGAGACAACGGCGACCGUCGUUGACGAGACGACGUUUAAGAAAUCACCACUCAAGGACAUGAAAGCUUCCCAGAAAACAAAGAAAAUCAGUCUCUUGGAGAGCAGUGAGGACGAGGAGGACGAGGACAUCUUCGACCAUCAAGUCGAGGACACAGAAGAGCAACAAGCCCCUUCCAGGAAGCCCAAAAAGAAGACGACGUUUCCGAAAUCACCGCUCAAGGACAGGAAAGCUUCCCAGAAAACGAAGAAAAUCAGUCUCUUGGAGAGCAGUGAGGACGAGGACAUCUUCGACCACCAAGUCGAGGACACAGAAGAGCAACAAGCCCCUUCCAGGAGGCCCAAAAAGGAGACGACUUUUAAGAAAUCACCGCUCAAGGACAUGAAAGCUUCCCAGAAAAAGAAGAAAAUCAGUCUCGUGGAGACCGAGAAGGACGAGGACAUCUUCGACCACAAAGUCGAGGACACAAAAAAGCAACAAGGCCCCUCCAGGAGGCCCAAAGAGGAGACGAAGUUUAAGAAAUCACCGCUCAAAAACAUGAAAGCUUCCCAGAAAACGAAGAAAAUCAGUCUCUUGGAGAGCCGUGAGGACGAGGACAUCUUCGACCACCAAGUCGAGGACGCAGAAAAGCAACAAGGCCCUUCCAGGAGGUCCCAAAAGGGGACAACGUGUAAGAAAUCACCGCUCAAGGACAUGAAAGCUUCCCAGAAAACGAAGAAAAUCAGUCUCUUGGAGAGCAGUGAGGACGAGGACAUCUUCGACCACCAAGUCGAGGACGCAGAAAAGCAACAAGGCCCUUCCAGGAAGCCCAAAAAGGAGAUGACGUGUAAGAAAUCACCGCUCAAGGACAUGAAAACGAAGAAAAUCAGUCUCUUGGAGAGCAGUGAGGACGAGGACAUCUUCGCCCACCAAGUCGAGGACACAGAAGAGCCACAAGGCCCUUCCAGGAGGCCCAAAAAGGAGACGACGUGUAAAAAAUCACCGCUCAAGGACAUGAAAGCUUCCCAGAAAACAAAGAAAAUCAGUCUCUUGGAGAGCAGUGAGGACGAGGACAUCUUCGACCACCAAGUCGAGGACACAGAAGAGCAACAAGGCCCUUCCAGGAGACCCAAAAAGAAGAAGAAGAAGACGGCGGGCGUGUCGGUCGACGGUCUGUUUAUGGUGGACACGCGACCUGGGCAGGAAGUGGAUGAAGAUUACUACACGGAGCGGCUUACGAGAGAGGAGGUGGUGGGCACCAAGAAAGGGGAGGAAGAGGACGACGAGGAAUUUGUAGAUGAGGAGGCAGAUGAGGAUGACGACGACUAUGGGGAAGAAGCGCUUCUCUUGUCCAGCAGGAAUCCUUCACUGAAAAAGAUGUCCAGUCGCAUCGACCCGGGCGUCAACAUGAAACAGCUGGGGGGUUUGUACAUCACUUUCGACGGCAGCAAAUCAAAACCUAGCUCCACUUUGCUGAGCCAACACAAGAAGGACCAGGAUGAGCUGAUAAAGAAGAGCGUGAUAGGAUCAGACUUUGAGAAGAAAGAGGCGGUGCCACCGUACACAGAGUCCAAAAAAGCCUUGAAACUAAAGCGCAGGGUGGAGCGUGAGAAGACCACAGGCGAUGCUUGGUUCAACAUGAAAGCUCCUGAGCUGACCCAAGAGCUGAAGGGAGACUUGAAACUGCUGAAGAUGAGAGGCUCCAUGGAUCCCAAGAGGUUCUACAAGAAGAACGACAGAGACGGCUUCCCCAAGUACUUCCAGGUGGCCACUGUGGAGGACAGCGCCAUCGACUUCUAUCACUCCCGCAUUCCCAAGAAGCAACGGAAGAGGACAAUGGUGGAGGAGUUGCUGGCUGAUGCCGAGUUCCGGAGCAACAACAAGAAAAGGUACCAGAGUAUUGUGGCUGAGAAAGCAGCUCAGGCAUCAGGCAAAAACAAGAAAUUCAAGAAGAAUACAUUCCACAAGAAAUCACAGAAAGUCACAAAGUAAGCGUGUGUGUGAGACAAGAGUCUGAAGGGUUUAUACACAAAAUAACUUAUAAAUCAAGAUAAACUUGUAAACAGUAUUUUUCCCGUGUAGAAAUGCGACGUGAUGUUUAAAGUCAACCCCCAAAUUGCCUAACAAUGAGUUGAAACGCGGUGUUCUGAUUAUUGUUUAAUUUGUGGAAUGUUUAUUAAAUAGGCAAAAUCCAACUGUUUUUAAUCAACCAAAAGGCAGCCAUUUUGCCACUUGCGGUUGCCAUGUGUAGGUCACAACCAAUCACGGCUCACCAGUUUUCUUCAGCUGGCCUGUGAUUGGUUGUGACCUGAGAUGUCAUUUUCUCGUAUUGCACAAACGCAACAUUAACCAAGAUGUUGUCUUUUGACUAGUGGACUAGACAUGCAACAUAUUAUUGGAAAGAGAAUUUGGGAGUUGACUUUCUCUUUAAACUGAACCCAUGCAAAAGUUUAACAAUUUUGUAGUUUCUCAAAUUGUUUUGAAACUGAAAUAUUUAAGACUGAUCAAGAUCAUUAUCCGUGUGUACAUGCUGUGGCAUUUUUCACUUAAAAACGUACAAGAAGUGUGAUUACUUAUUUCUAUAAUCAAUACCAUCUCAUUUUAAACUAUUGCUUCCAUUUAUAUCUUUGGAAUUAUUUUACCCUUUCAUUUGUUUGAUUUGCUCUGUGAAAUCCAUAAAAAAUAUUCCUUUGCAUGAUUGCUAUCAACUAAUAUUGCAUUAAAGCAAAAGAAUAUCACAACCAU